UUGAUAUUCUCAGUCACUGAGUACACUCAAGAAGAAUUAUCUAAAAUGUCAAUUCAAACCACAAAAAUUCCUUCCUUAAAACCCUCCAUCACCACCCGUUCCAAACUCCAAAAAGCCUGCAACAUCCACCUCCAAGUCCACCGUAAGUGCCUCGCCAGUUGCUACUCACACCUCCACAUCAACCUCAGACUAAACUCUGUCCCUCUCCGGUACAAACUCCGCACCUUCACCGCCCCUGGCACAUCCACCAUCACCCUCGGUAUCUCCAACCUCAUUCCAAAAUCCCUCCUCCACAACCUAAACUCCCCUACCUCCCUCACAAUCUCCCUCUCUUUCUACACAUCCUCUCCCUGCACAAGUCGUCUUCGCUCUUCGUCCAUCUCCACUGCUUCCUCAGCCAGCUGCCUUACUACAGCCAGGGCUGAGCCAGCCAAGCUGGCUCAGAAAGCUGUUCAAGUGAUGCUGGAAGAGGAGGUUAUGAAGAAGAGAUUGGAAGAGAAGGAACAGAAGGAACAGAGAGUGAAGGAUUUGGAAGAACAAGAAGAGAAGAAGAUGAAGGAGAAGGAAAAUGAAGAGAGAAGAAUUAAGGUGAAGAAGAGAAUGGAGGAGAGAAGGGAGAAGAAGGAUAAAGAGAGCGGGAAGAGGGAAAAGAGGAAUGUAGAGGAGAAGGAUGAAGAAGAAGACCAGGGAAAGAAGAGAAAAGAAAAAGGAAAAAUCUGAAAAGGAAGAAAAUUUUAAGAAAAUUGCUGAUCAAGAAGAUAAGCAAAAGGAAAUUUCUGAACAGGAGUCAAAACCGAAGAUGAGUUCUUUAGUUAAGAAAAAGGCUAAAGAACCUUCUAAAACUAAGAAGAAAUCUAAGAAAGAUUCUUCGCAAAAUGCUAAACCAAGAAGAUCUCCAGAUAAGAAAAAGAGAGAGAGGAAAUUAAAAGAAAAAUCUGCAAAUAAAUCUAAAGAAAUAAACAAGAGAGAUAAAUCGAAACCUAUAAAAAAGAAAGCUGAGAAAGAAUCUAAACAUUCAGAAAUCAAAAAGAUAGGAGCCCCAGCAGAUACAGUCUCAACCCCAAGAUUUCCUAACUCUUCAAGAGAAUCAAGAAAGCUCAAAAGGAAUAAAAGAUCAAGUCCAGCCAAUACACCAACUCCAAAAUCCUCAGAAUCAAUCAGCCAACCUAAAGUUGGCAAAAAGUUAAAAUCAAGCCAAAAACGUAACACCUCAAAAUUACGCAAAAACAAGAAAGAAACCCAAAAAUCAUAUCGUCGUCAAAAACCCAGUCCUCCAAGAAAACACUAUUCCAGAAAGUACGCCAAAAAAGACUCCAAAUCUCGCUAUUCCAAAUCUCCAACCCCUUCAAAAGGAAAAUCCUCCAAAAGCAACACUCAAAUUCCUUCAUCCUCCAGGCCCAGAAAGAGCUAUGGCUACUUCGGAUUCUCCGGAAACAACCACAAGUCCCAAAACGAAGAUCCUCAAAACAUUUCAAUACCAGAACACGACUCAGACGCAGACAUUCAAAGUCCAGAUAAUUCUCCUAAAAACUCUCCGCCAGCUAAGCUACGAAGAAGCAGGCGUCCAAAGCCCUGGGCUGAGGAAGCCUCCAUGACCCCAACCAGCCCUAAGGAAGAACCUAAAAGAAAGCCAAGGAAGAAGUCUAAGGCGAAAGAUAAGUCGAAGAAGAAAUCGAAGAAGAAUAAGAAAUCAAGGAAGAAGGAUUAAGAAAUUAAUUUUUUGGAUUUAUUUGUAA